GCCCGGUCCUUCCUCUCAGUCAAGCAUGAAGACUCGUCGUGAAGGGAAUCGGCUUGGGGCCUGGCGGUUCCUACUGCUGCUGGUGGCUGCUGUCUGUGCCACUCCGCCUCAACACGAAUUGUCGUCUAUAUAUGACGUGGCUCUUGACCUGAAUGACACCCACCACCUCUACUGGAGGGUUGACUACCCUGGAGAAGAGGUUAAAUUCGAGGUACACUCCCGAGCGAAAGCACCUCAGCCCUGGUUGGCGUUGGGCUUCUCCGACCGUGGUGACCUGAUGGGCGCCGACCUCUGUGUGCUGUGGACAGACUGGCAUGGACAUAUACACUUCCAGAACGCCGUGGUAGGGGGGAAGGGGCGCCUGGUCGUAUCCGAACAUCAGGAUUGUCAAGACUUCCGUUAUAAGCUCCAAGAUGACAUCAUCAAAUUCACUUUCUCCAGGAAGUUCGACACCUGUCACCCAGGACACUACGUCAUACAGGGAGGUACGACACAUGUGGUGUGGGCGUGGGGCGAGGGACCGCUCUACCGUCUGACAGGAGUACUGGCCAGGGGCGACAGUACGGGUAUGGUAAGGGUGCAGUUGUUGAAACCCAGCCUGGUGCGACCUGACCACCACAAGAAGGACUGCCAGGUGCUGGAGAUAAGGUCCAAGAAGGUGGAGGUACCUGCCGAGGAGACCACAUACUGGUGCACCGUUGUGAAGCUCCCAGAAGCCUUCCAGGAGAAACAUCAUAUUUUGGAGUUUGGACCGGUCAUCGAAAAGGGCAACGAGAAUAUAGUUCACCACAUGGAGGUGUUCCACUGCGAGUAUCCACCUGAGGUGGACGUCCCAAGAUACCAGGGACCAUGUCAUGCCGCUGACCGUACUCCUGAGGUAGACGCUUGUAAACGUGUGUUGGCCGCCUGGGCUAUGGGCGCCUCAGCCUUCAUAUACCCUCCCGAGGCCGGGAUGCCCAUUGGCGGGCCAGACUUCAACCCUUACGUCAUGCUGGAGGUCCAUUAUAACAACCCCAGUCUACUCUCUGGUCGCGUGGACAGCUCUGGGUUGGCCUUGCACUACAAGAAUCAUCUGAGACAACAUGAUGCGGGUAUCAUGGAGUUGGGCCUGGAGUACACCAGCAAGAUGGCCAUCCCCCCACAUAUGACCACCUUCACCCUCUCCGGCUACUGUGUUCCCGAGUGCACAGCGCUGGGUCUGCCGGAGGAGGGGAUCCACAUCUUUGGGUCUCAGCUGCACACUCAUCUGACGGGGAUAAGGGCGUGGACCAAGCACCUGCGGGGGGAGGAGGAGCUACCCGAGUUGAACCGCGACAAUCAUUACUCCACCCACUUUCAGGAGAUCCGCCGCCUCUCCCAACCAGUCCAUGUUCUCCCGGGUGACUCCCUUAUCAUGACAUGCGAGUACUCAACGACGUCACGAGACAAUGUGACGGUGGGAGGGUUCGCCAUCAGCGACGAGAUGUGCGUCAACUACGUCCACUAUUAUCCCAAGGUGGACCUCGAGGUGUGCAAGUCCUCCGUCGACUCCGCCACCCUCGUUAGCUACUUCAACUUCAUGAACAGGUGGGAGUUGCAGCAGACGUCGCCGGAAUUAGGGUGGCGAGAAAACUACCAGGCUAUCCGCUGGACUCCGCUUAGGUCUGGCAUGAUGGCCGACCUCUACCAGAACUCUCCUCUCUCCAUGCAGUGCAACAAGUCAUCAGGUGCACGGUUCCCCGGCUACUGGGAGAAUAUUGCCAUCCCUCAUGUCCGUCACCCUCUUCCUCUACCUCAGAGAAAAUGUGACCAGAACAAAGAUGUGGUUAGAGAAAACGACAGUAUGGAGGGGGACACUCUUUUAAAAUAGAUCGGCUUCUUAGGGCUUUUGGUGCCGUCGCACAAACGGUUACUCUUAAGUUAAUGGUUGUGACGGGAACUCUUUUUAAGUCCAAACUAGAAAAGCCUCGGCGCAUGUUCAGGUAUUUUUAAGAUCUUAAAUAUGCCAAGUGAACGGCCGUCCGAGGGGCUACUAAGAUGACACGCUCAAAUUAGUGAAGAACUUCAAGGUCACAUUUUAUAUACGAUUAAAUGACGUAUACUUUAACAGUUGUUGUUCAUGUACUUGAAGAAUAAAGAAUUUGAAGACUACCAUAGUUAAGCUUAUGUAUGUUGUAUGUUAUUAAAAAUAUAAGAUGGAUUAUAAGGAAAGGAUUCCCUAAAACAGUUUAUUACAACAUUUAGUAGAACACGUACACUCCCAGCUUGAGUAUGGGUAGAACACGUACACUCCCAGCUUGAGUAUGGGUAGAACACGGACACUCCCAGCUUGAGUAUGGGUAGAACACGGACACUCCCAGCUUGAGUAUAGGUAGAACACUGACACUCACAGCUUGGGGUUUAUUAACUGUAUAUCCUUGGGUGUGUCAGUAAUUGGGUAAUUCUAUAAUAAGGUGAAUGGACUUUGGAUGAUAGAAAAAAUAAAACGAUAAUUAAAAAAAAA